AUUCGGCUCAAAAUCUGUCAAGUGUUGGUAAAAAUGAAAACGAGAGUUUCGAGGUAGAAAAAGGCACAUGAAACCUAGCAAAAUAGAGAAAACACUGGACUUUCUGAAGGGGUACACACAAAUUGACAAGAUGAAGGUGUGGGACAAGUUACCGACGGUGAUCAGCUGCUGCUUCUGCUGCUUCCUCAGAGCUGGCACUGUGAUGAUUGCUCUUGUUUCAUUUAUCGUCGGAGUGAUCUUCGCUCCCAAUGUCAACCACACACCCGGCUUCUGGGACAUGGGCGGCGUAUUGUCAAACUACAGCUCGGCCACCGAGGGAGCCAUACAGAUGAUCAUGGGGAUGGUGUCCAUCAUGCUGUGUGCCGUCAGUGUGUUGCUUCUGACAGGGGCUUUAUGUAACCUUCCGAUCCUGAUCGAGGUGUACCAGUGGGGCGCAGCAGUUUACACAGCGGUGGUCGUGCUUCUCUACUUCAUUCUCGCCGUGUUCUGUUUCUUCGUCCACACCAACUGCUACCUGGCUGGGGGGGCGUUGCUGGCGCUUAUUAUUUGUAAUGUAUUAUUGACCGUGUACUUCAUACUGGUGGCGAACAGUCUGAGAAUAUCGCUGCAGUUUUUAAACACGGAGAUGCCCUUGUAACCAUGUCACUGUGUCGUAUUAGAUAUUAUUAGGUCAAUAAAGUUUGGGAUUGUGACCGUU